AUGGCCACUGCCCAGAUCGCAGAGCCCUUUGACCUCAUCCGCGUCUCGCUCUCGGAGCGCGUCUUUGUCAAGCUGCGCGGCGACCGCGAGCUCCGGGGAGUCCUCCAUGCCUACGACGGCCACAUGAACAUGGUCCUCAGCGACGUCGAGGAGACCAUCUACCUCGUCGACUCGGACGAGCAGACCGGCGAGGACGUCGUCCGCACCGUCAAGCGCAACAGCGACAUGCUCUUUGUCCGUGGAGACGGCGUCGUCCUCGUCGCUCCCCCGGCGCGGUGAUCCCGUCGCCGCCGACGCCGCCGAGCCCAACGAUACCCUCCUCGACCGCCCUCUGCUCCCUGAAUACCCCCUCCUCCUCCCUCGCGCGCACCCUGUAGACCACCCCUCGUCCCGCGCCACCUGAAACUCGAGAGGGAGCUCCGGCUCUGUACCCCUU